GGGAUGGCACCAUUCAUGCCCCUCGACCAGCUUAUAACAAGUGACCCCAAUCAUCACUUUCCCCCACACACAAAGGCACAGUAGAGAAGCUCCAGAUUCAGGUUCAGCUUCUCCAUAGCAAUGGCUGGCACCGGCAGCACCUGGCUCCUGCUGGAGCAGAAGGGAGCUGGGCCGGGAGCAAGGAGCUCCCACGCGAUCACGCUCGUCGGCGGCACGGCCUACUCCUUCGGCGGCGAGUUCACGCCGCGCCUGCCCGUGGACAACACCAUGUACGCCUUCGACCUCAAGGCCCAGUCCUGGUCCGCCCUCGACGCGGCCGGCGAGGUGCCCCCGCCGCGCGUCGGCGUCACCAUGGCCUCCGUCGGCGCCACGGUGUUCGUCUUCGGCGGCCGCGACAAGGACCACACGGAGCUCAACGAGCUCUACUCCUUCGACACGGCCACCAGCACCUGGACCCUGCUCUCCUCCGGCGACCACGGCCCGCCGCACCGGAGCUACCACUCCAUGGUGGCCGACGGCGAGGGGAGCCGCGUGUACGUCUUCGGCGGCUGCGGCAACGCCGGCAGGCUGAACGACCUGUGGGCCUACGACGUCGCCGCCGGGCGCUGGGAGGAGCUGCCUUCGCCGGGGACGGCCUGCCCUCCCCGCGGCGGGCCCGGGCUGGCGUUCGCCGGCGGGAAGGUGUGGGUGGUGUACGGGUUCUCCGGGGACGCGGAGCUCGACGACGUGCACUCCUACGACCCGGCCACCGGCGAGUGGGCCGUGGUCGACACCACCGGCGACAAGCCCACCCCGCGGAGCGUGCUCUGCGCCGCCGGGGUCGGGAAGCACGUGGUGGUGUUCGGCGGCGAGGUGGACCCCAGCGAUCUCGGCCACCUCGGCGCCGGCAAAUUCUCCGCCGAGGCCUUCGUGCUAAACACCGACACCGGCGCGUGGACCAGGCUGGAUGACGCCGGGUCUGGCCACCACCCCGGUCCUCGGGGUUGGUGCGCGUUCUCGGCGGGGGCGCUUGACGGCCGGCGAGGCAUGCUUGUCUACGGCGGCAACUCGCCGACGAACGACCGGCUUGGCGACAUGUUCCUCUUCACUCCGCUUCUAGCUUGAGCCAGCAGGCCAGCUAGGCGGUGCCCGCAGCUCUGUGUGCAAUUGGAAUUGUCUGUGACGAACUUGCUGCUGUGUGUCAUAGUAGAUGAUUUGCAUCUUGUGUUUACGUUGUGUAUGUAAUAAAUGAAGAAUAAUAUGGAGUACUACUCGUAGUAGUAAUGAUGAAUUGGGUGUUUUACA